CAGCUACAGAUAUGCCCUAAUCAGAGCCAUCCGGGAAAAGGACAUGGGCGGAGAUCUCGUAGACGAGGCCGCACGGUAACCGCCCCCGGAAAAGCUAGGGAGCGGCCAGGACGAGAAGACGAGGCAGAAAACUCACACUCCAUUCUUAGGAUCGAGAUGGCCACCCAUUGUGAAGAAAUGCGAGGAGGAACGGCGAGAGGAGCGGUGAUGUGGUGGGGAAGCGAUAGACGAGGCAGGGAAGUAAAGGAAGAGAGGACGUUGGCCGUCGGACCAAAACGGAGGAAAGUCGAAGUCGAAGUUCGACCACCGCCCGGCGCUAGGCCGCUUCGGGACAGCAUGCGAAAAGCCUCGACAUCAUCUCCAGACUUGCUGAUUGCUACCAACUCCCGCCCCCGUGUUCCCCCUCGAUCCCCUACCCCUCCGUUGCAUCCAUCACCAUGGCCGCCAACUCCUUGUACAACAUCUACCGGCUGGCCGUCCCCGCCACCAUCGGUUUCUCGCUCCUCGGCUCUUCCAUCUACGAUGUCCGUGGUGGUACCCGCGCCAUCAUCUUCGACCGCUUGUCCGGUGUGCAGGAGAAGGUCAUGAGCGAGGGCACCCACUUCCUCAUCCCUUGGCUGCAGCGGGCCAUUAUUUACGACGUCCGCACCAAGCCUCGUAACAUCUCCACCACCACCGGUAGUAAGGAUUUGCAGAUGGUCAGCUUGACGCUGCGAGUGCUGCACCGCCCUGAUGUCCCGAAGCUGCCGGCCAUCUACCAGUCCUACGGUAUCGACUAUGAUGAGCGUGUCCUGCCCUCCAUUGGCAACGAAGUCCUCAAGGCCAUCGUCGCCCAGUUCGAUGCCGCCGAGCUGAUCACCCAGCGUGAAGCCGUCUCCAACCGCAUCCGCACAGACCUCAUGAAGAGAGCCGCACAGUUCAACAUCGCCCUGGAAGACGUCUCCAUCACCCACAUGACCUUCGGAAAGGAGUUCACGCGUGCCGUCGAGCAGAAGCAGAUCGCCCAGCAGGACGCGGAACGGGCCCGGUUCAUCGUCGAGAGGGCCGAGCAGGAACGUCAAGCCAAUGUCAUCCGCGCUGAGGGUGAAGCCGAGAGUGCCGAUAUCAUCAGCAAGGCGGUUGCUAAGGCAGGCAGUGGUCUGAUUGAAAUCCGUCGUAUCGACGCCAGCAAGGAGAUCGCGACGACGCUCGCGACCAACCCCAACGUCACAUAUCUGCCCGGCAACGAUGGCAAGGAAGGUGGAAAGAGCACCAGCCUUCUGCUGGGCCUGAGGAACUAAAAGGGCUCUCAUGUGAUGAUACAUGGGGUUAUGUGUAUUCUUUAUUUCUCUUUUCUCAAUUGGACGGAUCUCGGGCGUGCAUGAUUUCCGUGGCGAAUUAAUGUCGUUUGUUUGGUCUGCUUUUCAUCUCUUAUCGACUGUAGCAAUAGCAUACCCAUCCUCUCUCCCAUUAAAAAUGUCACUCAUGACAGACAGACAGUGUGCAGGUCAACCAUGG